UCCGCGCCUCCGGCCAUGGCCUCUCCCGCCGCCCCCGGCCCCGGCGCCGACGACAGUGGGCGCAGGAGGCCCCGUCUGGCGGCGUCGUUGCAAAUCAACCCCAGGCGUGGCGGCCCGUGGCGGCCGUCGGGCAGCCUGGGCCAGGACCCCUGGGAGCCUGCGGUGGCCGCCAGCGCGGAGAACGACAAGGGGGGCGGGCAGCCCCAGGCCUCGGCGGCGGGGGACGGUGGGCCCGCGGCAGGGGCCGGGGCCGGGGAGCUGGGGGCAGCCGGGGCACGGGAGGACCCGGGGGCGCGGCUGGGGAGGUCGCCGAGGGUCUCUGUCCCACCCGCAGGGCCUGCGGGGGACGUCCCGGCGGCGGCCGGGCAGCUGGGCCUGCAGCUCCGGGACCCGCGGCGGGGCCAGGCCGUGGCCAUGCUCGCGCAGUACGCCGCCAGUCUGGGCGUGUCGCUCAUGUUCCGGGAGGACCCGACGGCAGACCCCUGCUUCCCCUUCUCCAUGUGUGCUGAACUGGAUGGGCUGCUCUGCCCCACGGGCAAUGCCAGCAGCAAGCCAGAGGCCAGACAGCAGGCAGUGGCAGCAGUCUCUACCCUCCACUACAUCCGAAGUCAGCUGGGGAGCCCGGAAGGACAAAGGACAGGAGGACAGGCCCUGGUAUCCAUGGCAACCCACCCCAUCUCCCUUCCAGAGUCCUCAGAGACCCCCAGCAAGCCUCCACUUGCCCCUCUGAGUGUAGAGAACAUCCUAACCCAUGAGCAGCGCUGUGCGGCUGUGGUCAGCGCCGGCUUUGACCGUCUGGUGGACAAGACCUCACCAUACCGGGCCUGUAAAGGGACUGUGGCAGCGGUCAUCCUGGAGAGAGAGGUCCCAGGUGCCAAGGGCCACGCCAAGGAGAUCUAUGAGCUGGUGGCUCUGGGCACGGGCAGCAGCAGCUGUGCGGGCUGGCUAGAGUUCUCCGGGCGGCAGCUCCACGACUGCCAUGGGCUGGUGGUGGCCCGCAGGGCCCUGCUCAGGUUCUUGUUCCGCCAGCUCCUGUUGGUGACACAGGGUGGUGCCAAGGGCAAGGAACGGUCAGUACUGGCCCCCCAGCCUGGGCCUGGGCCCCCCUUUGCCCUCAAGCCCCGGAUCUUCCUGCAUCUCUACGUCAGCAAUACCCCCACGGGAGCCGCCCACGAUAUCUACCUCCCUCCGUCCACUGAGGGCAGCCUCCUACAUAGCCCGCCCUCCCGCCUUCAGGCCCAUGUCCGUGGGGAGCUGAAGCCCGUGUGCUAUGUGGCGCCUUCGCUCCGUGACACCCAUGUGGGCUGCCUCUCCACCAGUGACAAGCUGGCCCGCUGGGCUGUGCUGGGACUGGGUGGCGGGCUGCUUGCCCACUUUCUGCCUCCCCUCUAUGCCACCAGCCUUGUCCUGGCCGACCCCUGCCAUGACCCCCCAACUCUGAGCAGAGCCAUCCACACCCGGCCCAGCCUAGACAGGGUCCUGGGGCCGUGCCUGCCGCCCCCCUAUGCCCGUACCACGCUGCACCUGUUUGCGGGGCCCCCUGUGGCCCCCUUGGAUCCUAUCCCCAACACCUGCCAUAGCCUGAGCCUUAACUGGAGUCUGGGGGACACCGAUGUCGAGGUCGUGGAUGUGGCCACAGGGCGUGUGAAGGCCGAGCCUUCUGUUUCCAUCUUCAGUGCUGGCCUCGGGCCCCCCUCCCGCCUCUGCAAGGCAGCCUUUCUCAGGGCCUUCCGCCAGGUUGCCGGAGUUCUGGGGAAGUCCCGCCUCCUAGCCUUGAAGACCUAUGAGGCAGCCAAGGCUGGACCCUACCAGGACGCCCGCAGGCAGCUGUCUCUCCUCCUGGACCAGCAGGGCCUGGGGGCUUGGUCCUCGAAACCACUGGUGGGCAAAUUCAGAGGCUGAAGCCCACCUCCUGAGCUGAGCUGGAUCCUGCGGGGGGAGGGCCAUUUUUGGGGAGAGGCGGGGAGGCUCAUGGGAGUGGGAGAUGGCACAGGGCAAAGUGGGAGUUGCAGGGAGGGGC